UCAAAAAAUUCUAACCUACAAAAGUGUGGUGUUUAUAAUUUUUUUAUAAUUUAAGUUGUUAUUUCAGUAUAUAUUUAACCGUUUUAACUUAAUUUCAGAUAAAACUUUCAUUAUAUGAAGGGGGCAUUUUAGAAGCGCCACCAAUGUCGUUCAUUAAAUUUUAAUUAAAAAAAUGCAACCAAAUAGACCUAGCACCGAAAUUUUAAAAGAAGCAAUGAGAAACCCGUCUUCAAUUCGUAACGUGUGUAUAUUGGCUCAUAUUGAUCAUGGUAAAACCACGAUAGCAGAUUCGUUGCUGAGUACGAACGGUUUAAUAAGUAAAAGAUCCGCCGGGCAGGUAAGAUACUUGGACGACCGUCAAGAUGAACAAGAACGAGGAAUUACGAUGAAAUGUUCAGCUGUGUCUUUAUAUUAUCGUUUAAAAUCAGCUGAAAUGGUCUUAAAUUUAAUUGAUACUCCGGGUCAUAUUGACUUUUCGACGGAAGUGAGUGCAGCUGUGCGAAUAUGUGAUGGAGCGCUGAUUGUUGUUGAUCUCGUUGAAGGUGUUUGCGUCCAAACGAGGGAUGCUAUUAAACAAGCUUAUGAUGAGCACAUUAAAAUGAUUUUGGUUUUAAAUAAAAUGGAUCGUUUGGUAUUGGAGUUGCAUAAAUCCGCUGAAUUAAUGUUUCAAACUAUACUACGAGUUAUCGAAGAUUGUAAUGUAAUAAUAGCCGAAUUGUGUCAAUACGACGCCGAAAAUAUUGAUGACCCCGAUAUUUAUUUAUUUUCACCCGAAAGAGGCAAUGUUAUUUUUGCAUGCGCUACGGACGGUUGGGGCGUAACAAUCAAUUCUUUAUCAGAAGCUUUCUUUGAUCUAGUCGUCGGCGAAACAGCUGAAACCUUAUCCAAAAAGAUGUGGAAUUUCGAUUGUUACAUUGAAUCAGAAACCAAAAAAAUUGUAACUGGUGCUAUACAAAAACGCAAAGAAAACGUUUUUAUACAAUUAUUCUUAAAAACGAUUUAUUUUUUAUAUUACACCUUCAUAACGAGGAUGCAAAGAGACAAACUCCCACUUGUUUUAGAAAAAUUUAAGAUAAAAAAUCCGACUAGAGACAUGCAUCACAAAGAUAGCAAGCUCCAAGUGAAGGCUAUUUUACAAACUUGGAGCCCAAUUGCGGGCGUGAUAAUGCAACAAUGUUACGAUGUCAUCCCGUCACCGUUUCAAGUUGACGAAAAAAAAUUAAAUUAUUUAAUUUACAGCAACCGAUACUUCGAAAACACCAAAUUAAAUAGCUACUUAGACAACAUGUUAAAAAGUAUGCGCGACCCCCAAUCGAAAACGUCCAUCGUAUACGUUUCAAAAACGUUUUCCGUUAACAAAAAAAAUUUAUCGCAAAAUAAAGCCAAAGUUUUUAUUCCACCGAGAAAUAGGGAGGAGUUAAUUAAAGCCAGAAAAGAACAAAUAAUAACAUCCGAUAACAAAUUAGAAAAAGACGAAGAAACUGAUAUAGUCAAAAUUGAUAAAACGCAAGAUAAUGUAAUAGUGGGGUUAGGAAGAAUAUUUGGUGGGUCACUUAAAAAGGAUGAUCAAAUUUAUGUCUUAGACUCCGAUUAUGAUCCGUUAAAUUCCGCCGAACCCAAGCAAAUAACAAUAAAUGAACUAUACUUGAUGUUAGGCAGAGAAUUAUUAUUAACGGAUGAUAUACCUUAUGGAAACAUAGGAGGUAUAAGUGGAUUAGACGAAAUGGUGCUAAGAACAGCAACUUUAUCAUCAACACCGUUAUCUUUACCUCUAAACGAGCAUAUUUACAUGGAACCCAUAGUUAGAAACACAAUCGAGCCAGUAAAUCCAAAAGAUUUACCAAAACUUCGCCAAGGAUUAAAAUACUUAUCUCAAAGCGACUCCUGCGUGCAAGUUAUAAUGCAAGAAUCCGGUGAACACGUUUUAGUAACAGCCGGAGAUGUUCAUUUAGCAAAAUGUUUGGAGGAUUUAAAAAGUAAAUUUAUUGAUUUUGAUAUAAACGUUUCAAAGCCGAUGGUUUCAUUAAGAGAAACUAUUUACGCCCCAAAACCUAACUUAAAAAAUCCUGAAACAACGGUUAAAGUAGCAAUUGAAGAAGUAGGAAUAACUUUUGAAGUAAUCGUUGUACCAAUACCAAGCGAAAUAGAAAUUUUUUUAAAGAAUAAUUACAAGUUAUUACAAAUGAUCGAAGAAAAUCGGCAGAAUUUACUUAACGUUUCGGAUCAUAUGAAAAGCGUUUUGGCGAAACUCAAAAAUCAAAUGGAAAUGUGUUUUAAAUCCGCGUCUGAUUUCUGGGGCGAGUUCUCAAAAAAAGUUUGGAGUGUUAGCCGCGGACGCGAUAGCACCAACUUGCUCAUUAAUAACACGGACGAUUACGCACGCGACAUAUUUUCAGAUCCGGAUGACAAAGAUCCCCGAUCGAAUUACGACCAUCAGAUAGUUAACGGGUUUCAGAUUUGCUGCCGUGCUGGGCCUAUUUGCGAAGAACCUUUAAUCAACUGCGCGUUUGUGAUCACCGAUUAUAAAAUAAGUGUUCCCGUAGGCGGUCAAGGGGUGGCCAACAUUCCUUUAACCGUCAAAAACGUCCUACGCGAUGCCUUCGUUAAACAAGAACAACGUCUUGUUGAACCCAUCUUUACCACCGAUAUUCAAGUCAACGUGCAUGUUAUAGGGAAGGUGUACUCUGUACUCGGAAGGCGUCACGGUCGUAUUCUGGAGGCCGUUGGGAUGGACCAGGAGGAACGAACGUUUAGAGUCAAAGCUCAAAUACCCGUCGUUGAAAGUGAUGGAUUUGCUAAUGAAAUUCGAAAAACUACCUCUGGUCAAGCAAAUCCUACUCUUGUAUUUAGUCAUUACGAGAUUAUAGACGGUGAUCCUUAUUUUGAGGGUGAAGAAGAUGAAGACGGCGACGGCGAAGCAUUCACAGACGCCUUGAGGGCUAAUAAACUUAUGAAGGAAGCAAGAAGAAGAAAAGGACUCAUCAUCGACGAACAGGUAGUCAUUCAUGCGGAAAAACAACGCACCUUGAACAAAAAAAAGUGACAUCGACACCGCAAUUCGUUUAUUUGUUUUUUUAAUAAAAUAUAAUUUUAUACAAAAAAAUACCAAGUAGUUUGAAUUAAGAUAAGGCCAUUACGAUAAUUACCAUUUUACAUGUCAAGAUGGCGCAUAAUUAACAAAAAAUAAAAAUAAAAGUGGAUUAUUACUGAUUAUUAUUUUUUUUUAAGACGAGUUAUACUUAAUUAAUCCGAACGCGAUAUCUCUUAAUAAGUUAAUAUUUCUUACAUUUUCUUUAUUGUAGUAAUAAAAGAGGAUAAAUUAAA